AUGGAUUCUUCUUUGUUAAUGUUUGACAAUAAGAUACCACAGAAAGUUUCUUGGAUUUGGAAAUCGGUGGUAUUGAAUCAUUUCAAAGAUGACAAUGUAGGCUCAAAGUUUAGAAGCAUGUAUACUUUCCUAGUUGGAGAUGGCAUUUUUAUUCAGUUCUGGCAGGACAUUUGGGCAAUGGAUUAUCCCCUUUUGAUCAUUUUUCCUAGACUGUUUGCUAUGUCAACAAACAAGAUGGGUAAGUUAUCUGAAUUUGGGGAUUAUAGCUCAGCAGGCUGGAUUUGGGAUGUGCAGUUUCGAAGGAACUUAAACGACUGGGAAUUAGAGCAGUGGUCGAAUUUUAUGGUUGUUAUUUCGACUUUCUCCUUUUCUUGGGAAACUUCUGACGGGAUGAUUUGGAAAGGUAAUGGGGAUGGAGUGUACACGGUUAAAUCAGGUGUUAAUAUUUGUUCAUCAGAAUCUUUGGGAUCGGAGGAGGUCUUUUUUUGGAAGAAGAUCAUUUGGAGGAGUCAGUUACCUCCUAGGGUAGAGUCCUUUAUGUGGCAGGUUGUUCUAGGGAAACUGGCUGUUAAGACACAACUUAUUAAAAGAGGGGCCGUUAUUUGGACUACUUGGAAAAUCAGGAAUUUAAUUGUGUUUGAAGGGGGGAAGUUAGAUAUGGCAGAAUUCUUUUUCUUAGCAAGAUGUAGGCUUGCGUCUUGGUUCCUUGCUAAGAAUAAUGAGGGGACUCUUGUUCUUUCCAUUCUAAUCAGAUUGUUUCUAUUUUUCCUUUUGUCUCCUCCUCCAUUGGGGUUUGUUAAACUUAAUGUUGAUGCUGCUACUACAAGAGAUUGGAAGAAAAGUGGGUUAGGAGUUUUGAAGGAUUCUUCAGGAUUUAUUUUAGGUUCUUUCAAGGAUUUUGUUGGUUCGGGGCCUCCGACAUUUAUGUUGCUAAAAGCUAUUCAAAGGGGUUUGUUAUUCUACACUUCUUUUCGAGAGCGGAUCAAGGAGCGUUUGAUUAUUGAAAGUGACAGCAAGGUGGCAGUGUAUUGGGUUAGGGAGGUUGAAUUAUGUCCUGAUGUUUAUGCUUAUAUUAUUAAAGACAUUGUUCAUAGACUUAAUGUAUUUGAAGGUGUUAUUAGAUGGGUUAAUAGGACAACCAAUCUAGAGGCUGAUGCCUUAGCUAAAGAAGGAAUAGGCUGA